AUGGUAGCUAUCUUCCGACGACUAUUCAUGUCGGAUCAGUCAAUGUCCAGCCUCCCCAUGGAUCCCGCUCCGUACCUUAGCACUCUGCCUGCGGAGGUCUUGCAGCUCAUCAUUGAGCACACACAUCCCUCUGCGCACUGGCCCCUUGCACAAUCAUGCUCGCGCCUGUAUCAGAACAGUGAACGUGUUCUCAAUCUUCACCGCGACGCGUACCGAAGGUUUCGAGUUACAUCAGAUCUGGUCCCAAUGACCGGUUUCAACCUCCUCUGGAGUGUCUUCAGCCAUGGCGCCGCUCAUAUUGAUGCAUGGCACGUGAGGGAGUUUGAAAUUUGGGGCGAAAGGGACUUUACCUGGAGAUCGGACCCAGAAGCGGACUCGGAUGCAGACGAGGCUCCGCCCGAUGAAGGGAGCGAGUCGCGUACUUGGCCGCCUCCCGAGUCUGAUAUCGAGUAUUUCUGCGAGAAAUUGCUGAAGAUACCGGAUUUCUUUCCCAAGACCUAUAAAGAGCCGUGGGGUGACCAUGUCCGUUAUGGGCUAGAAACCGGCCGCGACAGCAUCACCAAAAGCCUCAUGCUGGUCCACCUGCCGCGAAUCAGGGCCAUACGUUGUGCCAAGUCUGGUCGAGAAAGGUAUCCAGGUAUUGAAAUGUUGUAUGAAUACAUCUACUGGUGCAAGGCUGCUGGGACAUGGCUGCCAGGAUUAGAAACGCUCGAAAAGGUAUCUGUCGCUAUCCCCCCCGAUGGUGGGUACACGAUAUUGAGUACCUGUUCAGAUGAGUUCGCCGCUCUAUUAUGUCUGCCGAACCUGUCUGAAGUAUACUUUGCACAUAUGGAUGGAGACUUUGAGCUUUCUGAUCUGGGCGUGGAUCUGUUCACCAACAGCCCUCAAGCCCCAUUCGAUAAGACAUCACCAGUCCGGACGAUUAUUCUUGACAAUCUAGAGGAGAGCCUGAGCGAAAUUCUGAUAAACUUUCUGGCUAAGUUGCCAAGUGCACUUCAAAAUCUUACCGUCCGUUUUGACUACCAUGAUGAAUCCGAGGCGCGUUCACGAAGUGCGACGUCAUUGGUCGACGCCCUCUCCAAGCAUCAGUGCAAUUCUCUACAGCGGGUUUGUUUCCAUGCGCAAAAUGAGACCGACGGGCCAUACUUUACCCAAGGUCUAGGCCCAGACCUUAUCUGCGCAUUUGAUGACCUUCGGGUGGUUACUAUGGAUUGGCUGGCUGUGGAAAUGAGCCUAGCUACAAGUGGAGAAAAACUGUCUCGAGAAGACCUUUUAGGCCGUCUUUUUGGACUUUUCGAAUUUCGUCUUCCGAAUCAGAUGGAGACCUUGGUGCUGGAUUUUUUUGGGGGAACUGGCGGCGUGUUGAUGAUUGGCGAGCUUACCGGCAGCAAUCGCGAAAAGAUGGGAUAUGUCGAUGAAGCGGUUGAGGCGGCAAUAAAGUCGAGGCGAUAUGGCAAUCUCAAGGCUGUCAUGUUGAAGGAUAUUCAAGCAAGGCUGCAUGACAUUAUCGGUGCGCGUUGGUAUUUCCCCAAAGCCGUUAAAGCGGCGGAAGAGAGGGGAAUCUAUAUUGACUUGAAAGGCGACCGGCCACCACCCGAGGUCUCCAUUAGUCGCGAAUUUGUGCCUAUUCCGACGAGAAGUUGCAUGGUGACGGGCGGGCUUAGGACGGAGGACGAUGAUACCUUCCUUUAA